CCCGAUUAACAAAUAAAUGUGUUUACAUGCAACCCAUCUCGAGGGGCAUCUGAAUGCGGAGCAAUGUUAAUCCAUCGCCGAAGUCUGAAAUCGAGCCGGCGGCAAAUGUGGGGUAUAAUGACCCCGCCAAGGACAUAUUCACUGCCUUGCCCCUCCAAAAACUUCCCAUCUCAAAACAUCAUCAGCGCCGUCGAACUCGAAGCAAUAUAUAUCUAUCUAUCACACCUAAACAUCCCGCCUAUAACCAAAACACAAAACCCUCAUAAUCAUGGCGGGCAAGAAGAACUUUGGUGAGAACGGCAAAAAGGUCUCAGGCAACGCACAAAAGGCCGAGGCCGCAGCCGCCAAAGCCGCCGCCGCAAACCAAGUUCAAGCCAAAGCAGAAGACGAGGACUGGGGACGCGGUGCAAAGAACAGCUCCAAGAAAGAGGCUGAAGCCGCCAAAAAACAAGAACUCGCACGCAAGAAGGCCGAAAAUGACGCUCUCCUCGCUGAAGAAGAGAAAUCCCUGAAGUCCGCACCGAAGUCAUCCAAGGCAGCACCCAAGAAAGUAUCUCGUGGUCUUGACCUCGCACAGCUUGAUGACGCUCCCUCGGGCCCUGCGAAGGCUCUUAACGCAACGGGUAUCGACAACGCGCUCGAUGCGCUUACCCUGACGAGCGGUGACAGUUCGAAGGUCGAGAAACACCCCGAGAGGAGAUACAAGGCUGCUUAUGCUGCGUUUGAGGAGAGGCGGUUGGCGGAGAUGGAGGUGGAUGGUAGUGGAGCUGGGCUGAGGCAGAACCAGAAGAAGGAGAGGAUCAGGAAGGAGUUUGAGAAGAGCCCGGAGAAUCCGUUUAAUAAUGUCAGUGUGGCGUAUGAUGCGACGAAGGAGGAGAUCGCUGCUAUACGGGAGGGCGAGAAGAAGAAGAUUGAGGAUAGGUUGGGGAAAUGAGCGAGAGUUGUUGAUGGGGGUGUACGGGGGAUGGUUUGAUGGGUAGCGAGCGCUGUGGUUGACUAUAGAAGUCUCUGGAUAAAUCAAAAUUGAACGGCA